UCUUUCUUCCACCUACACACAUCCUUACAAAAUUUCCCAUAAAAAACACACACACACACAUAAUACUAAACCAAAUCAAGAAACAGAGAAACAUUUCCUCAAUCUGAGGAAAAACAAAAACACACAUUACCUUAUUUUCAAUGAAAGCUUCACAAAUCUAAGAUCAAAAACCAAACAUGUCAUCAGCACAAUCAGAAAAACAAACCCUUUUCAUUGCUUCACUUAUCAUUUUUUGGUACUCUUCAAACAUUGGAGUACUUCUCCUUAACAAAUUAUUACUUUCCAAUUAUGGAUUUUCUUUCCCUAUUUUCCUAACAAUGUGUCACAUGUCAGCUUGUGCUAUUCUUAGCUAUGUGUCAAUUGUAUUCUUAAAGAUUGUGCCUUUUCAAAGAAUCAAAUCAAGAUCUCAGUUUUUAAGAAUUGCUACACUUAGUGUUGUGUUUUGUGGGUCUGUUGUUGGUGGGAAUAUAUCUUUAAGGUAUCUUCCUGUUUCAUUUAAUCAAGCUGUUGGUGCAACAACACCUUUUUUCACAGCUUUGUUUGCUUAUCUCAUCACACAAAAGAGAGAAGCUUGGGUUACUUAUGGAUGCCUUGUUCCUGUUGUUGCUGGUGUUGUCAUUGCUAGUGGGGGUGAACCAAGCUUCCACCUUUAUGGAUUUAUCAUGUGCAUUGGUGCAACUGCUGCUAGAGCCUUUAAGUCUGUUCUUCAGGGCGUCCUUCUUUCCAACGAAGGGGAAAAGUUGAACUCCAUGAAUCUGCUGCUUUAUAUGUCACCAAUUGCUGUUCUAGUCUUAUUGCCUGCAACACUCGUAAUGGAGCCCAAUGUGAUAGAUGCCACUAUUACGCUUGCUGUAACACAUAGAUACCUGGUCCUACUUAUUUUGAUCAAUUCUACAAUGGCAUAUGGGGCCAACUUGUUAAACUUUUUGGUGACCAAGCAUACUAGUGCAUUGACACUCCAGGUCCUAGGGAAUGCCAAAGGUGCUGUGGCUGUUGUGAUCUCAAUACUUCUUUUCCGCAAUCCUGUUACUUUUAUUGGCAUCGCGGGCUAUGCAAUGACCGUCAUGGGAGUUGUUGCUUAUGGGGAAUCCAAGAGAAGAAGCAAAUGAGUUCAGACACAGCCCUUCUUCUUUUUUUAUGUCAUGAGUCCCCAGUUUUGUUUCUUGAACAUUAGAUGCACGGUAGAGUUAGUGAUACAUAGAUCAUCAUUGCCAUGUAGUGGCCGAUAGAUCAAGAGACGGAAUGGAAAAAGAGGCGGGGGAUGGGAAAUCAUUUCCAUUCGUCCCUUGUAUUUUUAUGUUCAACAUGAUAGGAUGUAUGCAGUUGUAUCGGGUUCUCCAUUGUUGCACUAAAGUUACAGGGGACGGGAUAUGGGAACUGUUAAAUUCUUCUGUUGUAUUCUUUUUACCGACGUGAUAGGAUGUAUGUAGUUGUAUCAGAUUAUAUGUUGUUACAGUAGAGCAAUAUAAUCUCUUGAUGUUUUUGGGUA